AUGGCUAGUGAUGAGAGUUUUGUAGCUCUUGUGCAUUAUAGAGGGUCCAUUAAGAAAAAAAUGCGAUCAGGUAUUAAGUUCACUGAUAAGGACCCAUUGUGUGUUUUUCUCAAACCUUCCAUGAGUUUUGCUGAGUUUAAGGAUACUAUACUCCAGAAACUAAGUUUGCUUGGCAUCAAACGGGUGGAGAAAUUGUUCUACAGAAUCCCGAUAUCCGCGUUACGCGAUGAUGUGAAGUAUGAUUCAUUUAUUAUUGGCAGUGACGAAGACUUGCAAGUUCUGCACCAUUGUCACCGUCAGUUCCCCGAGGUGAGGACUCUAGAACUGUUGGCUAAGCUUGUUGAUGCGGUAUCUAGUUCUGGAGGUUCGAAUUGGAAUCCUGAAUCCGUAGGACAUCCAGCCUGCUCUAGUUUCAUGCCUGUUCGUUCCUUUUCGGCUGCACCAUUUAUUGCACUUGAGGCGGGUUUAGUUGCUUCUCCUUCCUUUGCAUUCAAUGUCAACCAUGAUGGUGACCCCGGAUUUGGUGAGACUGGCCCGUUGGGGGAGGAAGCAUUUGUGACGCCCAGACCUCCUGCAAUGGUCCCGCUCGUUGGAGAGGUUGGAGUACCCGAUGGGGUUGAGGAUGCACUGCUUGAUGAUGAUGAAGAUGAUGUGGAGCCUGCCACAAUAGCAGAUGAUAGUGAUGACGACAUACCAUGGCCGACCCCAAUUGUCGGUGGGGGAGCAUCUAGUUCGGGUACCAAUCAGUACCCCCCACACUUCUCAGCUUUAGACUUGGAUGCCAUGGCACCUGAGGCGGAUCCGGGAGUACCUGUUGGGUUCGGUGCUAGGGAGACACAGAAUACAGGAGUUGUAUCUGAAUUUCAAGUGGGUCAGCAGUUUCAGGAUAAAGAAGAAGUCUUGUUAAGCGUGAAGACAUAUAGCAUUCGUCGUAGGGUUGAGUACAAGGUAUUGGAGUCCGAUAAUCGCAAGUACUAUGGGAAGUGCAAGGAGUUUGGAAGCGGGUGUGCAUGGCUCAUUCGGGUUAGCCUCCGCCAGUGCAGAGGUAUUUGGAAGGUAAAACGAUAUAAUGGUCCUCACACAUGUCUAGCCACAUCGAUAUCUGGUGAUCAUAGGAAGCUUGAUUAUCAUGUUAUAUCGACCUUCAUACUGCCCAUGAUUAGAGCUGAUGCUACCGUCUCGAUCAAGGUACUUCAGAAUGCCACAGAGGCACAUUUCGGGUUCAGAAACCAUGUACACUUCACCAUGAUUUUGUCGAUGCAGUUCGCAGGAGGCAAAACACCCAGUAACUCCUCAAACCAUACCCACGCUGGCCGGCCACCCUCAACAUAUCGCGCAAAAUCCGUAAGGCAUCUACUGACAUACUGA